UGCUUGGUAUGUUCAAGCGGCCCGUCCACGGUCACACUGGUUGAGACGAGUCGAGAGGAAAUUGCAGCGUAAAAGUCGAAUUUCAAGCCCCACAACCAUGCGUCUAUCCUCGAUCCUGAAUGGCCAGCAUUUUGGCAACUUGGCCAAGGUGCACGGCAUCGUCACCUACAAGCUGUCGCCCUUCGAGCAGCGCGCCUUCGCUGGAGCGAUCAGCAAGGGACUGCCCAACAUGGUGCGUCGCUUCCGCUCCAACGUCUUCAUCGUUACUCCCCCCUUCAUCGUGGGAUACCUGAUCUACGAUCUGACCGAACGCAAGCACACCGCCCUGCUGCGCAAGAACCCCGCUGACUACGCGAACGACGAAUAAGCGUCCCAACUAGCAGAUAGUUAUGUUAAACUAAUUAAUAAAACUAAACCCACAGUUCAAGAGAGUUGUGUGUUUCGGUUGCUGGAAGGCUAAACACCAAAGGCUUUGUACUCAUACGUUACACAUGGGAUAAUUUUAUGUUCUAUUUUAUCAGUUUUAUUGCUCUGUUUGCUAAACAAUUCUAGAGAGAAUUUGUUUUUCUGGAUGAGCAGCUGCAUCAGCUGUUCCCCAGUCUUGGUUUGAGUCCAAGCUAUCUCGCCCUGCAAUGUCUCAAAAUAAAAUAACAAAAAAUUCAUAUGAUGAGAAUUUCAAAGAAAAAACACGACAUGGAGGCAAUAUAUUACGUUUUAAUAAUAAAAUAAAAAUUUUACUUGUUUUU